AUCUCCAAUUUGAAGAAAAAGGUUGCGAAUUGUUUUUAUUUAUUAUUUUAAUAUUUCUUAUUGGAAUGUUAAUCGAAUUGAAAGAAGAAACAUUUAGGACCGAUCGAUCAACAUGUCCUACUAUGAAGUAAUGAAAUGCACAGAAAAUAGUGAUUCAUCCGAUUCGCAAUCAAGCAGAAUUAUUUUUGAAACAAAUUUGGAAAAAUCGAUCAAAGCAGAAACUGAAUUAGUUUAUUCGUCAAUUGCCAAUGACUUCAAAGACGAUUCCAUCUAUUCAACUCCAUUCCAUUAUGUCCCAUCCUUGGAACUUGAUAAAGUUCAAGAAUCGAAAUCAAAAAUCUCAUUGGAGGACAUUACAAUUCCUGAAGAAUUUUUAUCUUCUUAUUUGCAAUCUCCUAAAAUAGAUUAUCAUAUAGAUCGUAGCAAUCAUAAUAACGUAUUAAAAAGUCCUCUAAAACAGUUUAAAUCGAGGCAUCGCUCUAGAAAGCAAAUCAAUCCAUGCAAGAGUCCUUCACCAGAAGAUCCGAAUUUUCAUGGUUUUACAGUCUUUAUGAAGUUGAAGAUAAAUUCAGGAGUUCCGGAAUUAAUUAUGACGUCGAUUUAUAGAAAUGGAAAGAAUAACCACCAGAAGAGAUUUCGGCGCUUGAAUAGAUGGAGCGGAUGCAGCGAUUCCGAAGACGAUUCGAUGAAUAAGUCGAAGCAAUGUGCAUCUUGCAAUACUAGAAAAACACCUCUGUGGAGAGAUGCCGAAGACGGUACACCACUUUGCAAUGCUUGUGGUAUAAGGUACAAGAAACAUCAUGUUCGAUGUAUUAAUUGUUGGUACGUGCCGAGAAAGGGCGAUAAACUUGCAUCUAUCUGUUCUUCAUGUAGAUCCUUAUGCUGGCAAAACGUUAAUAAGAAACAAUAAACAUUUAUUUAUUUAUUUA